AGUUGAUGUUGACCGGUGUUUCAUUCUCUAAACGCUCUUAAGCCUGUCGAGUUCUUGCGGAAAUUUUAACAUUCUCACGAUUUUCUAUCUGCAUCUGAUGGUAUUCGCUCAAUUGUUGCACAGUUGCAUGCAAAUAAUAGUAUAAGUGCCCCGAAGGAUUUCCUCCCAAAGUCUUCGGAUUCAGUUGUCUGUUGUAUGACUACUAAAGCUGAAAAACCCACGCUCCAGGGGCAGCGCAUCAAGACUCGGAAAAGAGAUGAAAAAGCCAAAUACGACCCUGUGGGGUUUCGUGAUGCAAUCUUGCAGGGUCUCAUAGAAGCUGGAUCAGAUCUAGAGGCUGUAAACAAAUACUUAGACCAAGCAGGAUCCAAACUCAACUAUCGUACAUACGGAGAAACUCUCUUCGAUAUUCUUAUUGCUGGUGGUAUCUUAACUCCCGGGGGUGGUGUAUCGGAGGAUGGCGCCGACAAUGGCCCUGUGCGCACAGACAUGUGUGUGUUUGGUGCACCAGAUGACUCUUAUGAAACACUUAAAGGUUACGCUCAGGUAUUCACCCGGCUGAUGAGGCGUUAUAAAUACCUUGAAAAAAUGUUCUAUGAAGAAAUGAAAAAGGUAUUAGUGUACCUAAAGGGCUUUGGAGAUGGCGACCGUAUGCGCUUGGCUCGCUGCGUUGCCAUGUGGACGAGUGACUCGCUUCUUGACCCGAAGGUGCUGUCGACGUUGUUACAGGACCACUUGAUUAAAGAUGGUCUUGCUGCAGAUUUUAUUUGUGAGGUGCUGCUCACAGCUAAAAACCUCAAGGACAUAAGCAUGGUGAGGUCUCUGUUACGCAAGGCUGGGUUGGAUUCCAGAUUGAUGGAAUUCCUACAGGUCAACAAGCGUACUGACGAGAACUUCAAGAAUUUGUUUAAGGAGAAGGGUCUGGAAGAGAUCCUUGGCAUACACAAGAGUUUAGAAAAAGAAAGCAGUUUGAAGGAACUGCAGUUAUAUUUAAAUCAACAGGUGAAGGAUGGUGCACCUGUUAAGGAGAUAAUUGUUGGAGCAGCAGAUAUCUCGAAGAAGAAUAACAUACAGGAACCACAGAUAGUAUCUGUUAUUUGGACAACUGUUAUGGCAUCAGUUGAAUGGAAUAAAAAGGAGGAAUUGGUAGCAGAUCAAGCUCUUAGACAUUUGCGAGCUUAUGCACCCUUAUUCUCAGCAAAUAGUCAGUCAGAACGUGCAGAGCUUAAUUUACUUAUUCGGAUUCAGGAGUAUUGCUGGGAAAACAUGAACUUUAUGAAGUCCUUCCAUAAAAUCGUUAUCCUCUUUUAUAAAUCUGAAGUGCUGUCAGAAGAAACCAUCCUUAAAUGGUACAAGGAAGGACCUAACUCCAAAGGGAAGAGCAUAUUUUUAGAUCAGUUGAAAAAGUUUGUUGAGUGGCUGCAAAAUGCUGAAGAAGAGUCUGAAGAAUCUGGUGAUGAGGAGGAGGAUUAAAAACCUUUAUGCCUAAAAUCACUCAGGACUCCUGCAUAGCCAGUGGCUGUUAACUAGAUCCCAACCGCAAAGGAGCCCUCCAUUUUAUGAGCAGAUGCAAUUCUUUAUAGAAUGAGGUUAUACGUAAAUUUUGGGAUUGGACGACAAGUUCAUAGCCUUGGCAAUUCCAGAACCAGAGGCUAUUUGUCAACCCGUCCAAGUGAUUGGUACUCCAUUUAUUGAUAUGAUGCCUGUAUGGUCUUGUAGGACUGUCUGCUAAGUAUGUGGUGACGAGUGUCAUCUCUUUGCUCCUCCAGACCCUCUAUAUUCCCAAAUUUUCCUUUCCCAGGAUUAAGCAAUGACCUCAUUUUUUGCCACUAUGCCUGUGCACAAUAAGGGAACAUUUUUAUGGAAAUUAUUUUAUAGUUAGGCAAUAAAUUAUUUUAAACCUGUGCCAUUGAAAAUUACCAGAUUAUUGACAUUUACUUUUGGUCAUUGUUUUUAAGUAUUUUUUUUUCUUUUGUUCCACCCUACUGAUGAGAAUGUGAUAUAAUUUAUUCCAUAGAGUUACUGUAUGGCCUGCAGUUUGAUUUAUUUUAAAGUGUUGUGUUACAUGACAGUAAUGUUUUAUUUGUUGUUGUAUAGUGGAUCAAGAACUUUGGAAUGGUAACAAUUAAAAACUAAGCCUUAGGAAGGACAGUGUUGAGAAGGUUAUGUCAAGCAGUUUCAUAUUAAGUGUUGAAGUUCCUUGCAAGGUGAAAGUGAUUUUUUUUUUAUUCUUAAGGCUGGUAUGUACCAGAUAAUUGUAUUAUACUAUAUAAAUUUCUCUUAAGCUAGUCUUAUUGGUACUACUUUUGUACGGAAGGCAGACAAAUGGCACAUUUUAGGUGAUUUUAGUGUUUUCGCAAGGGCAAUGAUUAAGUAGCAUGGUGUCCACAGUGUGCUGAUUAUACAGCAUGUUUUUAUAGACUUACUGGAGGUCAUGUAAUUACACAAGUGGAAUACCUCAUACAAGUCAUCCACCACUAAAUCCACCGGAUGCUGCUCAAGUGCUGCUGCUGCCUGCUGCCUACAGUUUGCUUGAUCUUCUAGUACAAAUGUGAAAUACUUUGAAGGUUUAGCAUAGUUGCAGUGUGGUGGCUUGAUAUCUAGGCCUAAAGUAAAUGUCAAAAGUCCUUGUGCAAAAUGGAAAAGAGCCCUCUUUUUAUAUUCUUUAUUUUAUAACCUUAUACUGUAGGUGUGGGACAUGUUUUGGUACAUAAAUAAUAAAUAAGA